AUGUUGACGGGUGCCAUCGCGGGAGCGGUUUUCACCUCUCCACCGCCCGCGAGUAUCACAGCAGCGAUCCAAGUCAUGGUGAACGCGGAGGCGACUGGGGUGUUAUUGAUCGUGAAGAACUACAUGGGUGAUCUGCUGAACUUUGGGCUGGCGCUGGAGGAGAUGAGGGCAAAAGGCGUACCUGUAAAGAUGGUGGUUGUCGCAGAUGACUGCGCCUUCACUACACUGAAGAAAGCAGGACGGAGAGGACUGUGUGGCACAGUGCUCAUACACAAGAUAGCUGGGGCACUGUCUGAAAUGGGGAAAUCAUUGGAUGAAAUUGUGGAAGCGCUAACAAGUAUUCUCCCUAAGAUGGGUACAAUUGGAGUGAGCCUGUCUUCCUGCAGUAUCCCAGGAACAAGACCCACCUUUCACCUGGAACCAGAUGAGCUGGAGAUGGGACUGGGUAUCCACGGGGAGGCUGGCAUUGCGAGGAUGAAGAUGAUGUCGGCUGAUGAAGUUGUGCACAAAAUGGUGGAUCACAUGAUUAAUCCCAGCAACAUGUCACACCUCAGCCUGAAAGCUGGAGACCACAUUGUGCUGGUGGUGAACAACCUGGGGGGACUGUCCUGUCUGGAGAUGAACGUUGUGGCCAAAUCUGCCUUCUCCUAUUUAGAGAGUCAGGGCGUGCUGAUCGCCAGGGCGUAUGUGGGUUCCUACAUGACAUCGCUCGACAUGGCGGGGGUCUCGCUCACUCUGCUGCACGUGAAUGAAGAGCUACUCAACCUCUUAGACAGGGACACCAGUGCCUCCGGCUGGCGGCACACAGGACCCUGCUCACGGGCACACAAGUGCCGUGUACUACAGCUACCUGAGGAGCUGCCCAGCAGCACGGAGAAACCUGCUGCCACGACGGGGCCCUUUGCCAAGCAGCUGAAGGGGAUCCUGGGUGAGAUCAGCACCGUGCUGUUGUCCAUGGAGGAGGAGCUGAACCAGCUCGACAGGGAGGGCGGAGAUGGGGACUGUGGGAGCACACACGCCCGCGGAGCUCGAGGUGUGGCUGUCCUCGGGGCCAAAGGCGGGGAUGGCAGUGAGGUGCUCACCGGCCUGGCCAGGGUGGUCCAACACAGCAUGGGCGGCACUUCAGGCGCGCUGUACAGUCUGUUCCUGACAGCAGCAGCUCAGCAGCUUGUGGGAGACCAGACAGCAGUAGGCUGGGUGGCAGCGAUGGCUGCUGGCAUCGAGGUGAUGCAGAGGUACGGAGGAGCUAGUCCCGGAGACAGGACCAUGCUGGACCCUCUGUGUGCUGCCUGUGAGGAGCUACAGAAACUAACGCCCGAGACUGAGAAUCCCAUCACAGUGCUGGAGGCCGCCGUGCAGGUACUCUGUUAUUGA